GCACAUACAUAACAAAAUCAUCAUUCCUCAAAUCAAAUAAGCCCCAAAUAUUGGAAUCACUAUUCCCGCACUGUCACCCACACACCACCCUUUUGGCCUUUGCUGCCCCUCUACUCUUCUUCCUCCUCCGCCUCCAUCUUCUCCAAGCUUUGUACUCUCCGACGACCCCAACACCUAAUUCAACCCCGCCGCACAUGUCUCCAAUAUGACCCGGACCCGGCCCGCCGACCCAUACACCAACCGCUCCAAAUCCACUGGCGGAGGCGGCGGAACCACCGGCAUGAGAGUUAUAGUCCCUCUCCAGGGCGUCGUCCAAGGCAGGGGAGGUCUGGUUUUGGGCUCGCUCAUACCGUGCGCCUUGUUCUAUUUCCUCCAGCUUUACCUGAAAAGACACCGCUCCAACCCCAACCCGCCUACGCCUCCGCCUUCGCCGGAAUCCGAGUCCGAGCAGGCCGGACAGCUGGUGGAACUUCCAGUCCUGCCCAGGUCCCUGUCUCGGACGCUCCUAUCGCCGAGGGGCACGGGUGGACCCGUUUACGUAUCGGGUCGGGCCAAUUCGGUUCUGAAAGGUGGCGAGUCGCCCUACGACGUUGGGUUGAGGAAGGUGGCGGAGGAUCCGUAUGACGAGUUGGGUAAUCAGAAUGGGGUUAUUCAAUUGGGUUUGGAUGAAAACAAGUUAUCGUUGGAUUUGGUUGGGAAUUGGCUUGUGGAUAAUGCAAAGGAUGCGAUUCUGGGUGGCGACGAGCUUGGAAUUAGUGGUAUUGUUUGCUACCAGCCUCUUGAUGGAUUGAUGGAGUUAAAGGUGGCAGUGGCAGGAUUCAUGUCUCAAGUCAUGGGGAAGUCAGUUUUCUUCGACCCCUCGCAAAUAGUAUUGACAGCUGGUGCAACACCUGCAAUUGAGAUACUAAGUUUCUGCCUAGCAGACAGUGGAAAUGCAUUUCUUGUUCCGGCGCCGUAUUACCCUGGUUUGGACAGAGAUGUAAAGUGGCGAACUGGAGUAGAGAUUAUACCUGUUCCAUGCCGUAGUGCUGACAAAUUCAACUUGAGUAUAACUGCUCUUGACCGCGCAUUCAACCAGGCAAAGAAACGCGGUUUAAAGGUUCGUGGGAUUAUAAUUUCAAAUCCGUCAAAUCCUGUUGGCUGUUUAUAUAGUCGUGAAUCACUUUACAACCUUCUAGACUUUGCCCGAGAGAAGAACAUACAUAUAAUCUCAAAUGAAAUAUUUUCUGGAUCGAUGCAUGGUAGUGAAGAGUUUGUAAGCAUGGCAGAAAUUGUUGAAUCGGAAGAUCUGGACCGGAACAGAGUUCAUAUAGUAUAUGGUCUAUCGAAAGACCUCUCUCUUCCAGGUUUUAGGGCCGGCGCUAUCUACUCCUAUAACAAGAAUGUUCUGGCUGCUGCUAAAAAGUUGACAAGGUUCUCGUCCAUUUCCUCCCCAUCUCAACGGUUGCUCAUCUCUAUGCUUUCAGACACCAAAUUUAUCCGGAAGUUCAUUGAUACUAGUAGAGAAAGGCUCCGUGCAAUGUACCUAAAAUUUGUGACAGGUUUGAAGCAAUUGGGCAUUGAGUGCACAAAGAGCAAUGGGGGCUUCAGCUGUUGGGCUGACAUGAGCGGGUUAAUCCGCUCUUACAGCGAGAAAGGGGAGUUUGAGCUCUGGGAUAGGUUGUUGAAUGUAGCUAAGCUAAAUGUAACUCCAGGUUCAUCAUGUCAUUGUAUUGAACCCGGAUGGUUUCGGUUUUGUUUUACAACGUUGACUGAAAAAGAUAUUCCGGUUGUUAUGGAACGAAUUCGGAAAAUUUCCGAAACCUGUAAAUCGCACAGUUGAAAUAUUGUUCAUUCAUUCUCCA